AUAUCUCAGGUGAUCUGAAUCUGCCAUCAGCUUCAUUUUGUAUUAAGUCAUAUGACCUGAUUUUUAGCUAUAGCUAUGGAAGAAAAGCGAUUUGUGCAUUUCCGAGAUGUUGCUGUGAGCUAUUUCUCACAGACGAGAGUGGAUUGUCGAUACACUAUCAGCAGUCAACACGACUGGAGCAGUCGGGACUGGAUUGGUCUUUUUAAGGUGGGAUGGCUGACUGUGAAAGAUUACUACACUUUUGCUUGGGCUCUUGCGCCAGAGGGCUACCAAAAAGGAGCAGAUGCAAAUUGCAGUGUGGCCUUUCACCCAUCUUACCUGCCAAUUCCGGGUGUGGAGGAGUAUCAGUUUGUGUAUGUGGAUGAACGAGGCGACGUUUGUGCAAUCAGCUCUCAGUUCACCUUCACCGCUCCGAGACCUCUGGAUGAACUGGUUACACUGGAGAAAACUGGAGAGGGAGAAGAAGACGGAGAUGACCUGCUGCUGGUGGUCCCAAAAGCUCUGAUCCUGCAGAAUCUGCUGGAAGGAUGUCAGCGUGAGUUGCAUGAGCUGCAUAAGAAGUUUGAAGCUGUGAACGGAGAUGUGGAAAAUGAGCGGCAGAGGUGGAAGACAGACAGAGAUGAGUUUGAAAUAUUACGAAGCGACAUGAGGAGUCAGAUUGAGGAGCUCAAAACAAACCUGAGGCACAGCACUGAAAAAACUGAGGAACUGGAGCAAAAACACAAGGAAGCGCAGAUCAGCAGUGAAAGCAUGUCUGCUGAAUUCAAUGCACUAUUAGCUGAGAGAGCAGAAAACCAGCAGCGGAUCAAAGAACUGGAGCAGGAUUCUGCAACUCUGACUCAACAAAAACAGGACAUAGAGGCGGAGCUUGAAAGAAUGAAGGAAAGAGUUAAAAAGAUGACCAUUCAAAGGCGAGAUGAAGAAACGGAGAGGAGAGAUUUGCAGCUAGAGAAUGAGCAGAUGCAUGCUGAUCUGCGGACGCUGCAGGAGCGUUUGGAGGCCAGCGAGCGCAGCACCGAAGCCCUGCGCAGAGACCUGAGUGAACUGGGAUCUUUGCAGAGUCACAGCCAUGCAGAGCUGCAUCAGGUCCGGCUGCAGUCUGCGCAGAUGAGCUUACAGCUGUCCCAGGCCAAUCUGGCACUGCGAGAGGGACAGUCCACCUGGGCCCAGGAGAGAGAGACUCUCAGACAGAGUGCUGAACUGGAUAAGGACCGUGUCCAGAAAUUGAGCCGUGAGCUCCAGAAGAAGGAAGAGUGGCUCCAGGAGGAGAGAAGCGAGCGUGAGAAGCUGGAAGUGGAGCUUGGGAUCGAGAAGGACUGUAACCGGGAGCAGAGAGCCAGUCUGAGAGCCCUGCAGAAGGAGCAAGAGCAACAUCAGUUGGAGAAACAGGAGCUGUUAGAUCACAUCCAUGUUCUGGAGCUGAGGCUGGACACAGAGACAGAUGCUAAAUGGGCCGAGGCAGCGGCUACGCCUAUAUGUCAGUUUGCAAAAUCCUACUUGCAUAGAGCGGCUUACAUCGAUAGCCUUUCAUCCAUUGACGAAAAGCCACUACUAGAGUCUUCAUCUGAGCUGUCGUUAAGUGCACUAGACAGUGAACAACAUAAUGAAUCAACAGAGAACAACCCAAAGGAUAAUGAGGAUGAUGUGAUGCAAGAGGAUCUAGAAGUUCAGCCUUUUUCCAGUGGCAUUGCUGACCAAAUGCUUUCAGAAGCCAAAGACAGUGUCUUCAGUGCUCUGGCUGACGCCCCCUUGUGGUGAAGCAUAGGCGGAGGAGAAGAUGCGGCUUGUUUACAUCAGCGCGUGAGGAUCAUGUGCUCCUGAACAGUGUGAAAUAUCAAAACAUUUUUCUGAGCUGGCUUGUUUUAUAGCUGGUGUAAUUUAAUAUAUGCAAAGAGUGAUGUCUGAGGUGUGAAUUUUCCAGUUAGCGCAAAUGAGUUUCCAUUAAGAGGACGGUUACAUUACAUGCAACUUUUCCAAUUAUAGAUAAUUCAACAUGAAGCAUUGCUCGCAUGACAGAGCACAGGGGUGUGAUUUUGCAUGUAUUUUCCAGCUAUUUAAAUUAAACAUAAUUUUGUGGGGUGUGCUUUUGUGCUGGUGUCUUAAAUAAUUAAAUCUGACACCAAAAAAGCACUUGGAGGAGGCAGCAAAUCCCUGUGCUAAUGAGUGAUUGAUUGAAUCAUAAAUUCAAACAAUUCAUUCAACAUUUGAUUGAUUAGGAAAAGAAGAAAGUGACUGUAUUUAUGAAUAUAUUGUUGAAUCACUGACUCAAAUGAUUCAUUUAAACACAGAUCGUAAUAGUCUUCAUGAAACAGUCAUUGCAUUUGAAAGGGGUCUGGCUGCAGACCUGGUGCAGUGCAAUCUGGGCUGCAUCCAAUGCUUUUUAAUGGGCUCACCUAACCCCACCCCUAACCCUACCCAUCACAGUGACGUCACUAGCUCCAUUUGAGUGCAUUGUGUCUGACAUUGCAUCGCUGAGUGAUGCAGUCUCAGCUUGCAUCAUAAAGGCUGCAUCCAGAUACUUUUGGUGCAUUUGAACUCUUGAGAUAUUAAUUAUCUUUGCAGUGAGUUACAGACCCUUUAAAACAACAAUGCUUUAUGAGAUUGUGUCAAACACCCCUAUACAUGUGCAAUAAUACAAUAUUUUCAAUCUAAAUAAUGUGAAUGAAUUGUUAUGCAAAAAUUAGACUUUGGAUUUUGUUUAGGAGUGAAUCAUUUCAUUGAUGUGUGGGUCCCAGAGCUAUUUAGGAGGCCCAUAAAUAUAUAAUGAGGGUCCCUGGACAGUGAUCUUAAAACAAUAAAUAGACUUUCAUCAUUUUAUUUCCCGGUAAAUGUAUUUUUUUUUCUUUGUAUAGUUAGGUGUGCUGGUUAUGGUUGCUUAUUCCAUAUGACUUGACAAAGCUGUAAGGGCAUUUAAGUGCUUAGUUUCCCAUUUUUCUAAUAAACAUGUUUAUUCUUCA